AUGAAAUACGUAUUGGUAUCUGGAGGUGUUAUCAGCGGUGUCGGCAAGGGCAUUAUUGCCUCGUCGACUGGCCUGCUGCUGAAGACAAUGGGUUUGAAGAUAUUCUUCGUUCUCGACGACGGCGGUGAGGUCGACCUCGAUCUCGGCAACUACGAGCGCUACCUCAAUAUUACCCUGACGCGCGAAAACAACAUCACCACCGGCAAAAUCUACCAGCACGUCAUCGAGAAGGAGCGCAGAGGAGAUUACCUCGGCCACACUGUCCAGGUGGUUCCUCACAUUGUCGACGCCAUCCAGGACUGGGUCGAGAGAGUGGCCAAGAUCCCUGUCGACGACACGAAUGAAGAGCCCGACGUCUGUAUCAUCGAGUUGGGUGGCACAGUCGGCGACAUUGAGAGCAUGCCUUUCGUCGAGGCAAUGACUCAGCUCCGCGCCCGCGCCGGAAGAGACAACUUCAUGCAGAUCCAUGUCAGCUACGUGCCCAUGGUCCACGGCGAGCAGAAGACGAAGCCCACGCAGAUGGCCAUCAAGGCUGUGCGCAGUGCCGGUUUGAUCCCCGAUCUGAUUGCUUGCCGUUGCGAGCACCCUCUCGACGCCGGCGCCCACCAGAAGAUUGCUCGCUUCUGCCAGGUUCCCCUCCCUCAGGUCCUCGUCGUCCGCGAUAUGCCCACCACAUACCAAGUCCCUAUUCUUCUCCAAGAACAGGGUCUCUUGCAGAGUCUGAAGGAUAUCCUCCGCAUCGAUGCUUUGACCAUUUCUUCUGCUCUUGCAACAAAGGGUGCCGAAAUCUGGAGAACCUGGAACGACCUGGCCUCAGGUCUGGCAACCGUUACCGAUAUUGUCGAGAUUGCCCUGGUUGGAAAAUACCUCGAAUGUCCCGACAGUUAUCUGAGUGUCGUCAAGAGUGUCGAGCACGCCGCUAUGAGAUGCAAGAAGAAGCUGAAGAUCGUCUGGGUCGACGCCGAGCACCUCGAGCCUCAGUCCGAGAAGGCAAACCCUGCCCAAUACCACAAGGCCUGGCACGAUGUCUGCACCGCUUCCGGUAUCCUGGUCCCUGGCGGUUUCGGUCAAAGAGGUACCGAAGGUAUGAUGAAGGCUGCCAAGUGGGCCCGUGAGAACGGCACACCCUACCUUGGAAUCUGCCUCGGUAUGCAGAUUGCUGUCAUCGAGUUUGCAAGAAACGUUUGCGACAUUCCCGUCCCUGUCUCGACAAGUCAGGAGUUCGACGCUCGUGAUGAGGACCGUAUCAUUGUCUCCAUGCCUGAGCACCACCCUGGCCAGCUUGGUGGAACCAUGAGACUCGGUCUGAGACCUACCCUUUGGCAGCCCGACUCAGAGUGGAGUCGCCUGCGUGCCCUCUACGCCUCCACCACUUCCGCCGAUGGCCAAUCGCAAAUUCUGGAACGUCACCGUCACAGAUACGAAGUCAAUCCCAACUACGUCUCUACUCUGGAAUCAAAGGGUCUGAACUUUAUCGGCAAGGACGAGACUGGAGUUCGUCAAGAAAUCAUCGAGCUCAAGGAUCACCCCUGGUUCGUCGGUGUCCAGUACCACCCCGAGUACCUUUCCCGCGUUCUCCACCCUAGCAAGCCUUACCUCGGAUUCAUUGCUGCCAGUGCAGGCAUGCUCGACACAAUCACUGCCGAGAUUGUCAAGGAGAAGACGGCAAACACCUCAUUCUAG